GCACGCGUGCUCGGACUUUCAAAACUGUCAAAACGCGGGUCGGCCGGGAAUGGUAAACAAUCCGCCGCAUCUGCCCAUGCCGCGUCGCGCCGCAGACUCGUGAAAUCGUCGUAUAAUUUUUCAUUAUUCGUGUGCGGUACACGUCGAAAACGAACUUACGAACGUCGCGCAGUUUCGGCAAGCAAUGACGGAAAUGGAGGACUACGAGCUUCCCGAAGCACCUGAAGCCGGUACCUCUGCCUCACGAGAGGUACUCUCGGAGGACUCCGCGAAGUCGAUGAUGGUGGAGCUCGACGAGCUGGAGCGGUCCGUGGGGAAGCUGAGCGCGGUGAUGGACAGGUUCCCGAUCGGCGCGAUCUCGAUGGACGACUUCAAGCCGACCGAGGAGAAGAUCCGGACUACCAGGGAGUCGCUGAUGCACCUGAACGCCAGGUCGUUACUGCUUAAAGCGAAGUACAAACAGUCCAGCGAUGGCAGGCGCAGAGGGAGCGAGGAUGAGGUCCGAGACAUGCCGAGUGUCGUGAGCGACAAGCUCAUAAACGCCAAGGCUGUCAAAUUGUGCCUUCACAGCACCACCAUCCUCUCCAUUCUCGGCAACAUGGAGGGCAGUGAGGAGGACCAAAAGAAGCUCUACGAGUACAUGGGUAAACUGUUCACUCUCAACGACAGCGCUAUAGCCAUUCAGGAGACCAUCGAGAAGGAGUCUCAAAUACAGCUGGAUCUGAAAGUCGAGUGUCAGAAGGCGCUGUUCGAUCACAAGAACUUUCUCAAGCAGCAGGAGCAGCUGCGAAGCGAAAGAUUGCAGAAGACGAAUCCAGAGAUCGUAGAAAAUAAAAACAGAAUGGAAAGGACCAUACGGAAAAUAAACAUAAUGAAGAAACUCAUCAGAAGCUUCAUAGCGGUGUCCGGUCACAUGCUGCAGGAGGAGCCGAUACUGCUGGAGAUGUUGGAGAAGCACAGAGAAUUGCUGAACGUCGAAACGAUAAUGAAAAUAUCGCAAAGUGACAGAGAUAAAGAUAAAUGAAUGAAAAGAAACCCCUUUCGUGGAGAAAGUAAGCAGGAACUUUCAUUAAGAACUUUUUUUCUCAUUUUUUUUUCUUACUCGCUAAGCGCAAUAGACACAACACAUAUUUACAAGAAUAAGCUUCCACGCAAGUCUCAAUGUCUUUUUUUUUUCUUAUUUUCUUCGUUCAUUUUUUUUUCCUCUUUAAGUCCUCCUGUUAAAGCGCCUCGCCAGACGGUUUCAGUAUAAUCGUUAAACAAAAAAAAAAAGCAUAAUCAGUAGUUUAAGUUAAAAUUUAUGAUAUAGCAAUCACAGCUUACGUAUAUAUAAUAAAAUCUUCGCUAUAGGGGGAGAGAGAUAUACAUAUUCAGUUCGUUAGAAUCGGUAAUUGAGAGACUUUCGUUUUUUCUUUCUUCGCGUAUAAUUAUAAUUCGCGUUAUAUUAUUAUAUAAUAAUAAUAAUAAUCAUCAUCACUGUUCAUGUUGAUAAAA